ACCUUAUCAUGUCUGAGGCGAGCAACCAGAUGCCGACAGAACCUAUCACUGCAGUCGGCGUCCUUUGUUCACACAGCAAGGCUCCAGAUGACUUCUAUGUUGUUGCACAAACAACAGAUGGCUCUGAUGCCGACCUGUGGAAGGACGGCUUAUUCAAAUCCAAGGUCACUCGCUACCUCUGUUUCACCAGAAAACCUGGCCCUGAUGUUGUUGUGGAUGUAAAGUUGACUGACAUUAAGGAUGCAAUGCCAGAGGGCUUCGUUGCAGUACAAGAAACAAUGGACACAAAGGAGCCUGCCAUGAGGAAGAGGAGACUUUGUGUGAAAAUGAGCCCACGUGCGGCUGCGGAGAUGGCUGUCUUUGACUUCCAGAUCAUUGCCAAAUCCAAGCAUCAUCUCGUUCACUACACCAGUCUGGGCGAGAUCAAUAACAUGGGGAUCUGGUAUCGGAUGGGAAAGGUUCUUCAUCGACAAUCAUCUCAGGAGAUUUCCAGCAGAGUUAACAAUGGUGCCUUCUCUGGCGCUGAGAGCAGGAGGACCAUCAACAUGCCACAGUAUGAGCACGAGAGCAGCGGCAGCUAUACCAUGACAGCCAUGGUCGAUGUGCCCUUUGGGAUCACUCAGCGAUUCCAGGAUACAUCAAAAGAGAUGCAGCAAGUCAAUUUAAUGGGCAUUACGAUCAAAUCCCUGGCAGAGAUCGAGGAGGAAUUUCACUACAACUUCAGCGCAGAGCGAAGCAUUGUUGCAUAACAUCCCUCUGGAUUCCUCCAACAUGAUGGACCAUACUGGUGGACAAAAGCAACAUAAACAAGUGAUUAAAAACGAAAACAUAACGUGCUACAUUAUUUGUGUAAAAACUUGGCUUUGUACUGUGUUCAAACUGUUUAGAUUCAAUUAUGUUUGACACUGGGACUUUGUAAAACAAAUUCUCAUGUUGUUGUUUUUUUUUAAUUUGAUGAGACUGUAGUGGAAUCCUAAAAAUAAAGCCAAUUAAUAUGCAA